CGCACACUGCGAAGUCAUCGGCACAGGCUUUUGUGGGAUUGCACGUUUUUUCUUUAAUCACAGUCUAAUUUAUGUUUAAAAAUCUAUUGAAAGACAGUAUGAUGCAGUUAGAAACGUGUUCAGAUUAUAGAUGUUAUAGUCUUGGAGCAAUCCUGUUCCACUGGUUGUACUUUUACUUGACAUUCAAGUCCUGCCAGGUUUGAACAUGGCUUUACCCCGCAGCCCAAGUAGUGGGGGCAUAGCCGGUCUUCAUUGGUCACUGUGCUCAGGCAAAUUGAAGUGUGUACAACGAUGCUUGGGUUUUCGUCCUCAUAGGAAACCUGUCCUUCUGAAUGUGGACUGCACAUGGGAAUUCUGGAAGUAUCUGGCCUUUGUUUAUGAAGAUACGUUCUAAAUUUAAAUUAGGAUUUUAUCACAAGAAGGAGCCAAACAUUUAAGUGUCCUGACUUUGCAUGGUUAGGGUGCUGUGACUCUUCUUGUGUACAGUCUUGUCCAUUUGUUCACCCUGCUGCGAGGUCUGUCUCUCUGUUGUGCAGGAGGACGUGGUGGGUCAGAGAUGUCUGCCAAGGCUCCCAUAUACCUUAAAAGACGAAGUCAUAAAGGAAAGAAGGAAAAGCUGCGUGACCUUCUUUCCUCUGACAUGAUCAGCCCCCCACUGGGAGACUUUCGACACACCAUCCACAUUGGCAGCGGAGGAGGGGCUGACGAUCUCUUUGGUGACUUGUCUUUCUUACAAGGUAAAUUUCACCUGUUACCGGGGCAACAAGGUCACCAAAGGACACUCCAAUUAAGUCGCACAGCAAGUGUAAGUAGUCACCCACCAGCCAAUGAAAGCUCACCCCUGUUGAAAAAUGCCCUAUCACUUCCCAUCAUUGGAGGAGUGCAGGCACUCACCCUUCCUGUACAAAUUCCUGUGACUUCUCCAGCGAUGCCGACUGCUGAAGUGCCAACAGCCCAAUCUCAUCUUACGGAUGCCCGGACAACAUCCCAGUCUCCCCCAACAUCUCCGUCUCUCGCUCCACCUCCCAAACCUCCCAGACUGCACCUGGAGGAGAGGAACUUGGGUGUGUCAAGGCAUGCAUCACUUCCUGCUUCUUCAAGCCGCUCUCCUUAUCAUUUGCACAGGUAUGAGCCACGGCCAGAUACUGAGGAAGAUGAAAAGUGUAUUAGGGAUGGAGACGGGGAGGAAAGGCCAUAUCUCUCUAAUGCUGGUUCUCUCCUUUCCCUCCAUCUGGACCUGGGGCCAUCUAUCCUAGAGGAUGUGCUUCAGAUAAUGGACAACCAGAGAAAGGGGACUGUUAAUGGGGGACUUACACCCAGUGGACGACAAGAGAUAUAUAUCUGAGAGUGACAGAAAGAGAGGGAGGACUGGUUCUGAUUUUAAUUUAUAUCUUUUUGAAAAAGGAAUUACAGUAAGAGUGAAAGCAUGAUGGUAUAUAACUGGGUUAAUCAAAUUUUUCUUCUUGUGUCAAACAUUGUGCCCUCUGACAGAACUCUGUUACCUGCUGUACAGUGACAUUUUCAGCUCAUUAUCAAGUUAAAGAACUUGAUCCAACCACAAAUGAAUCCACUUUAUCAUUUCUUGGAUUAUUCUCUGUUCGAAAAGAACAUUUUAAUUAAUCUCUAUGUCAUUUUGGAUCUACAAGGAGUAGGCCAAUUCUGGCUUUAUAACUACUUUUAGAUACAUUUUUAAACAAUAUUCUAUUUUACCAUGAUCAUCUGAUGUCUGGAUGUACUAUUACAGUAUAACAACCAACAGGCUUCAUGGUCAACAAAUUCACUACAGGAAAAAAAAAAAAAAGAUAUUUUUCCCUCAGCAAUGACAUCAUCUCUCUCCUCGGUGUUGUUGCAAUUUGUGUAAGCGGGUAAAAAUGUGCAACUCCUCCCUAAUGAUCUGGACGCACACACCAGGAGGCCUGUCUACACCCUGGGAUUCCAACCUCUUUUUGUUUAGAGUAGUUUUCUUUCUUCAGUGAAAGAAACUUGAUGGUAGGAACAACAAGCUCAUGAGUAUUUUAUAUACGACUGUUUUCCAGUUUAUAAAAUAGUUUAUACAAAAGUUUUUCUCUUUGUUUGGUUGUAUGCACUCCCCAGGCUUUGACAGCUGAUCACUCUUCAGGCAGCAGUCCUUCCUUUUCUGACUGAAGAGUGGGGCCUAAAGAAGGGGUUCAUGUUACCUUGGAAACCUCCAAGUAUACGCUACAUUGGUUAUAAUGCUCUGUUUUCAGUUGACAGUUGUAGACUUUAGCAUUCUUUUCGUUAAUACAAUCUACAAUUUAAAAUUAUUUUGAAGUAAAUUUUAGUUUACUACACUGUGCAUCAAACUAUCAUCAACAAGAAGAGGGCUUGAGAGAACAAUAUGCUAGCAAAUAUUAACAGAACUACACUGUCAUUCAAUCAGGUUUUCUUUAUAGCCUUCUACCUUUGUACUGUAACAACCAUAAAAAAAACCUAUACUGUAUUAAUUUCAAAACAUUUUUUAUUUUUUUACACAAAUUUAAACCCGCCAGCUCUUUUUGGGUUCUCUGAUUCAAGGUUUCUAACAGUACUGAGAGGUUGUUUUCUCAAGAUUCUUGGAAUUCCUUCUUGUAGAUUUCUUAUUUCUUUUUGUUCCUUCAAUUUAGUGAAUUCUCUAACAAUGUGAUUUGUUUUAUCCUUACAUUGUGAAUUGUAUUUCCAGAGCUGAGUCUAUAUACAGAACCAGUGUUUCUGUGCACUUAACUUUAUUGAGAUGUGAUAUAUAGACAGAUUAAACUUGUGCACACAUGUUAAAACAGGCUGAAACCUAUAUACAUGUAAUCAUAUUCUGUUUGGCCAAAUACCUUUUUUACCAUUUUUGUAAGCAAAAGGACUAAUUUCAUUUUUACAUGAAAAAAUGUCAUACUGUAUAGUGUGUACUUUAUAGACUUCAGAGACCUUAAUGUUAGAAAUAGAUAAAUAAAUAAAAGCUUUUAAUUAGAUUCCUAAAAGCUAUUAAUUCUAUUCCUAGUAUUACUAUUUCUAACCCUUAUAAAUGUAUGUUUACCAAAAAUUUGUGACCUGAAAACUUCACAUAGCCUAAAUGUUACAAAAGUUAAUGUGGAAUAUGUCUUCUCAUAUAUAUUGUUUUGCUUGAUUUCCUCAACUUUUCUAAGUUUAGGCAACAUGUACAGCUCAAAUAAGCAACCGUAUCUUAUCAGUGUGACUUGAUUAUUUUGGAUGAUCUUGUAUCACUGAAUCAAAAUUAUAACAAUCAAGCUUGCAAUAAAUUAAGCUUUGAUCCUGUAACUGUGUAAUCAAGCAAUAAAAAUAUAAUGCAACUCUGAACCAAUAAAAUAUGAAAUGUCAGGCCACUUAACAAGUAACUAAAGGCAGGUCACUUUAAACAGAAAUAGGUUUAUGCAUUGCUAAAAUUCUACAUGCCUUAACAAGUUUACUUAAUGAGCAUUUCUGACAUGCAUCACUUUUACCCACCAUCUCAUUGUCUGUAUUUUAUCACUCCCAAACACCAAAAAACGGAGAAAAGUUCAAGACAUAGUCCCCACUUGGAGGGGGAGCAGUCAGCUUCACUCCCUUUUUCUUUUUUAUGUGUAAACGUUCUGAAAUUAAAUAGUUUUUGUUAUAGCCAUUCUAAGAGUUUUGCAGGGUUUUUGAUUGUGGUUUUCUCAUUUUUUCCUAUUAAAAGGUCACAGCAAAAUACUGUGAUCAACCAUGUUAACUAUAAUCCUUUAAUAUUAAAAAAAUUGAGACUUGGACAAUUUUAUUUUAUACUUACUUGGAUGUUUGUCCUUUUAAUUUCAAUCAAGUUUGUAAUUUUUUGCAUUAUUUACCAGAAGUAUUUCAUAAACACCAUUUACAGUACAUAUUUCUGACAAAGUCAGAUGGUUUACAAUAAAAAAAAAUAAAAAGACUAAUGGGUUAGGAAUAUUAUAGUGUUGCUGACUUAUCAAUAAAAUAUUAUCAUAAACACUGUGCCUUCCCAUCUUAACCCAGUAUUUGGCUCCUUAACACCUGUUCAGAUCUGCAUUAGAUGACAUUUUUACCCUUUUGUUCAUUUUUAUUUGGGCUAUUUUAUCUUAUUUUGUACUGUAUAUUAACCACUCUUGCUUUGCUGCUGCUAUAUACAGUACAAUUGGCAGAAUAAGAAAUAGAGACAGACAAAUAAAUGCUGUUUUUUGA